CAAAAAUAUUUUACGCAGGAACCAUUUUUACCCCAUCCUUUGCAUAAACUAGUUCCCAUAAGCAUCGCCAGAAACCAGUUAAAAAGGAGACAAACAAGAAAACAUGGCACUUCGCCUAUACGGACUAAAGUCUUUAACGCGUAACUUUCAGUUAAUUGGAUGUCGUAUGAUGUCGAACGAUCUCGGUGGUGGAGCUGGUAAAGGAGGCGGGACAGGUGGCUCAAUCAGAGAGGCAGGAGGCACCUUCGGUAAAAUUGAGGCUGCUCGUGAGGAGGAAUUCAUCAGAAGGCUGCAAAAGCAGCAACUUCAAGAGCUAAGGCGACAUCUAAACGUGGAAGUCAGUAUCCUCGAAAAGGAAAUCAAAUCCCAUCAGGCAGCUAUCCAGAGACACAAGAAGAAAAUUUCUGAGCUUGAAGGAAAGACAGACUCAGAUUGAAGAGCCCAGGAGAUGUAGAUUGUAGAUUGAUAUUGGAGAUAGAAGACAAUAAGACACUGAGUGCUAUAAGUGAUGUGUAAAUGUUGAUGGAAUAUCAAUGUUAUCAUUAAAAUUGUGAUUAUUA